CGGUCGAGCGACAAAGACGUUAAAAUUGAUGACGUCGACAAGGGAAUUUUGUUUUCCUUGCUGCCUGCAUUAACAACAAUCAGCUCAUAAAUAACUUUCCCUCCUCAUCCACACUACUCAUUCAUAAUGCUCCGUGUCGCUCUCACUGGCGCUAUCUCCCGUGCUACUGCUCGUUCUGCCAUCGUUGCAGCUCCCCGCUCUGCUGUCGUUGCUCAACGUUUCUACUCCAGCGGACACGAAGAAGAGUCUUACGAAUCAUUCUCUGAACGCUAUGUCAAGUUCUUCGAUGGUGUUGAUGAUUUGUUCGAAUUGCAGCGCGGUCUCAACAACUGCUUUGCCUACGAUUUGGUUCCCUCCGUUGCUGUCAUCGAAGCUGCAUUGAAGGCUUCCCGCCGUGUCAACGACUUCCCCACCUCUGUCCGUAUCUUUGAAGGUAUCGAGGAUAAGGUUGAGAACAAGAAGCAAUACCAAGAGUACCUUGAUGAAUUGGCUCCUCUUCGCAAGGAGCUUGGUAUUGAGACUAAGAACGAACUCGGAUUUUAGAACCUAUCAAAUGUGAGGACGACAUUAGAGAUGAUUUUUAAUAAAAGUUGAAAGGUUAUGUUUAUACAUUCAAUGGCAAGAUUUAAAGGUUACACGGGAUGUUAUGGAACGGCCAAGCAUUCAACGUUGAUCGGC